GGAAUGAUUCCUGUAUUUGACUGUCAUCCUUCGUCAUGCACGUUGCAGUAAAUUCGGUGAUUCCGUCCUAUCUUUAUGUAUUAGACUACAAAAACAAAUCAACUAGCGGCUGCUCACAACUAAGCCAUGCAACGUUCAGGAGUGCGAAGGUUGUGACUCCCCCUUCUGUAUUUACCCAGAGGGUAGCCGUAUGUGCACACACUCUUCAAAAUCACACGCAUCUUUCCUGCACUCGUGCUAGACGCGCUCCAACCAAAGUAGCGUGCGCCGCCAAUAUUCACACUGUCGGCGGGGACAAGACCACGAAGUUCUUAUUUGGAAUUUUGUGGUUUUUUGCACACCAGCUUAUUGGAGUCGGCAACGAUGUCAUUAUGAAGUACACAGGCAGCACCCUAGGCGUUGCUCAGGUGGUCUUUCUCCGGUUCGCCUUUGCAACUCUCACGAUGCUACCUGUCAUGAUUGUGUCAGGCAUGAACUCAUUCAAAACUGAGCGUGUCCAUUUACACGUAGCAAGGAGUUUUCUUCUGGCCACUGGUAUUGCACUCUACUGUCAAGGGCUAGCCAUCGCUCCGAUUGCUGUUGUUACUACUCUUAACUUCACGAUACCACUUUUUACGCUGGUUAUGGCACGCGUAUUCAUAAAGGAGAAAGUCGAUGCCAUCAGGUGGAUCAGCACUAUCGUUGGUUUUUCAGGUGUCGUCAUAGUGGUUCAACCUGGAGGUUCAGGUUUCGACCCCAUGUGGUUAUGUGUGCUACUCUCUGCUGCUAUGUUUGCUGCCCUCGACGUGCUCAACAAAGUUUUUGUCGGGAAGGAGUCUUUUUGGUCGAUGAUAUUUUAUACUGCCCUAUUUACUUCUCUCAUUGCUACUAUUCCUGCGCUCUUGUCCUGGGUUGCACCGACAGGUUUUCAGCUCUGCCUACUCGCCAUCCUUGGUGCAGGGGCUAAUCUGCUUUUGUUUUGUCUUUUGAAGUCGUUCAGCCUCCUAGAUGCUUCUGCUCUUGCGCCAUUCCGAUACACCGAACUCAUGUGGUCAGCGGCGGUUGGUGCAUGGAUUUUUGGCGAAAUUCCUACUAUGGCCACUCUCGUUGGGGCAGCAGUUAUUAUCCCUUCGACAUUGUAUGUUGUGUUGGCUGAGAAUGAAAAGACGAAGUAGAUACUGGUAAUACUGACUACUGACUUCUUAUUCACCUUAGCUCAUCAGAACAAUUUAUGCUCUCACGAGCAGACUGCACGAUUGAACAAGGUAAAACUCGGGAAACCCCCCUUCGCGAGUCUCAGAAUUAUGCGCCAGUAGAACAGACAGGGGAAGUGCGCAGAUUAUUCCAUUAAAACUAUAGAUGCAAGCUCAGAAGCAACACCAACAAUCAAACGGACACUUACCUGGAGCUCUAGAUUGUUCCUCUGAGGGGAUUUGGCCACAUGAGAGAUCACUAAAGUUUCCAAAAGAUUUGUAUACUGGCAAACCUUCCUCGAACCUUCGUGGCUGAGCAACAGGAGUCAGGUUGAUAUUGACUUUCUUCCUGGACAUUCCAAUCUUCCUGUGAAUCUCGCCGAACGGUUUUGAAUUGCGUUUUCGCCUUCCUUUCCGCCGCACUGAAUUUUCUAUACAAUGACUGACAGAGGGCUCUGUCGCUGUCGUUUUUCUUACAGUGAAAAGGACGUCAAAGUCGAAAUGAUCCCCGACGUCAGUCACAGAAUCCGGAGCACCUUCACUACAUUCGCCGCCUGUCCGGUGUUCGCUGACAGUUGACUGACCACCGACAUCAAAGUGAGCUGUACUUUUCGUUACUUCUCCGCUAUAAUCCAAAUAAUCUCUCAUGUUGGUGCAGUUGGAUAUGGCAGGACUCCACAGGAAUCGACUCGACGAAAAUAUCUAUUAAGUAGCCCUACUGUACACGUACACGUGUACACGUACGUACACGUACACGUACUAAUAAGUACGAAAGUACGAAAGUAGUAUCUAUUUUCGAAAGUAUGAAUAUCAUAUUUCCGGAAGU